AUGUUGGAGUACAAUUUAUUUGGCAUCCCUUAUGUGGGCGCCGACAUUUGCGGAUCCAAUGGUGUGGUAACCGCCGAGCUAUGCAAACGGUGGUCCCAAGUGGGCGCCUAUUACCCGUUGAGUCGAAACAAUCACGACAACCCUAACGAUCCCGCUCAGGACCCGGCUGUUUGGGCUGAGCGAGGUAACCAGGAUGUGACCUCGGCUGCCAUGGUGUCCCUACUGGUCCGGUACCAGGUGCUGCCCUACCUGUACACCCUGUUCUACAAAGCGCACGUGUUUGGAAAUACGGUAGCCAGGCCAUUGUUUCACGAGUUCCCUACCGAUCCCGAGACCUAUGCCAUCGAUCAGCAAUUCAUGUUGGGACCGGUAGCUUUGGUAUCGCCAUUCCUGUUCGAGAACCAAACCACAGUGAGCGCCUACAUCCCGGACGAUGUCUGGUACGAACCGACCACUGAGUUCGUCAAACUCUACCCGCACACCGGCCACCAAAACCUGGCCGACGGCCUAUUCCCUCCCAUAUACCUGAGGGGCGGUCACAUAAUCCCCAUGGGUUUCACCACACCGGCCAACUCGCAGGUGACCCGGGACAACCCGAUCACCAUGGAGGUGUACCCGAAAAAUAAGCAAGCUAAAGGCGAUAUGUUCUGGGACGAUGGCGAUUCGAUAAACGCCAUCGAGCAAGGUCGAUUUAACUUUUUCGAAAUGGAGCUGUUCCCAAAUUGUACCGUGACCAUUACCAAUAAGAUUAAGGGAUACAACACUGAUAAGCAACACGUACUGGCACGUGUGCUGGUGGCUAACACUCAGCCAGCUAAUAUUACCGCUACAUUAGAUGGUAAACCGGUUACGCCGGCUAUUUUCAACGAGGAGCAUAAUGAAAUCACCGUGAACAUUGACCUGAAUGCCGCUAAACUCGGACAGACCUGGGUGAUCGAGUGGCAGACCACUGAUGGCACUUGCAAUUUGAACUAUCCAGCAUCAGCACCGGUAGUAGAGUCGGCCUCAUUCGUGAUGAACCUAUUCCGAGGAGAGGCCAAAGUUCAGCAGCAGUUCCCGUACCCACAUGUGUUAACCGCCGGUGACCUACAGAUGGUUGAUAUGGUGACCGAACCCAUUGUCAGGCAGUGGGCGCCCUCCGAUGCCCUCCGAUACGAGGCUAACGAGGCGUUUGACGGCAAACUUGUAGAUACUAUGAGGGAAAUGGGUUUACUUGGCAUUCAGGUCCCUACUGAAUUAGGUGGCAUCGGUAUGAAUACUACCCAAUACGCCCGGAUUGGUGAGAUCCUAUGCCGGUAUGACCUGGGACUAGCUGUGUUCACGGCCGCCCACCAGGCCAUUGGCUAUAAAGGCAUACUUUUGUUCGGUACGGAUGACCAAAAACGCCGAUUCGUGCCCGACUUGGCCACCGGUAAACGGCUCGCGUGUUUCUGUUUGACGGAACCGGGAGUCGGGUCGGACGCGUCGAGCAUCCAAACCCGCGCCGAACUCUCGCCGGACGGCAAACACUACGUACUGAACGGCACAAAGAUCUGGAUCUCCAACGGGGGUAUCGCCGAUGUGUUCACCGUAUUCGCCAGAGUGGGCGACCAGACCGCGGCCUUUAUCGUCGAGAGGGGGCCGGGAGUUACGUCGGGUCCGCCUCAUAAGAAAAUGGGCAUCAAGGCGUCCAAUACUACUGACGUGUAUUUUGAUAACGUGAAGGUCCCGGUGGAGAACCUACUGGGCCCGGUAGGCGAGGGCUUUAAGAUAGCUAUGAAAGUGCUGAACAAUGGGAGGUUCGGUAUGACUGGCGCCAUGACCGCCGCUAUGAGGACCUGUAUCGAGAAGUCCAUAGAGCACGCGAACACCCGGACCCAAUUUGGCAGCAAACUGUCCACCUAUGGGGACAUACAGGAGAAAAUCGCGCGCAUGUCUGUCCGCCACUACGUCACCGAAUCCAUGGCCUAUAUGUUGAGCGGUAUUAUGGAUAACGGGGUUACGGACUACCAGUUGGAGGCGGCUAUCAGUAAAGUGUAUGCGUCGGAGGCGGCCUGGGAGGUGUGCGACGAGUCCAUACAAAUACUGGGAGGUAUGGGCUAUAUGCGGGACACGGGACUCGAGAAAGUGCUCCGGGAUGUCAGGAUAUUCCGCAUAUUCGAGGGCACUAAUGAUAUACUCCGGCUAUUCGUAGCCCUGACCGGCAUACAAUACACGGCGGGACACCUUAAACAACUGGAAAGGGCUGUCCGUAAACCAGUGUCCAACUUGGGUACGAUCGUAGGCGAGGGCACCAAACGGUUCGCCCGGUCGGUAGGUCUGGGCGGCUCCGGUGCCUCACUUCAGGACUACGUGCACCCGGAGCUCAGGGAUGAGGCGGCGCUGGUGUCCAAAGGCAUACAGGACUUCGGGGCCGGUGUGGAGCACCUGUUGAUGAAGUAUAAUAGGAAAGUAGUGAACGAGCAAAUGAUUUUGAGACGACUGGCCAACACGGCUAUCGAUAUCUACGCGAUAACCUGA